UUGUGCGGAGAGACGGAGAGAGGCAGGAGAGACCGAGAGUGAGACACUUCUGCGCCGAUCACAACGACUCCGAAACCCGCCGGGCACAAAAAGGGUGGCGGUGUCAUCUCGGAACAAAAAAGCAAGAGAGAUAAGAGAGAAGGAGAAAGGGGGAAGGAGAAAAGGAAAUUCGCGUUUGAAAUCCAAGGAAGAGGGGGUGUUUUUUUACGGAGCCGAGAGGAGAGGCGGAAGAAGGCGAUAUAUUUAAACGAAGGAAAACCUGCGAGGUAGCAGAGAAAUUUUAAUCAUAAAAAUAAUAAUAGACCGGUCUUCACGGGAGCAAAACUCCUGAGAAAAAAUAUGAAAACGUGAAGUAACCGUUAACUAAAGACCAGAGAAAGGGAGGAAAUUGCAGAAAAGGAAGAAUUAACUGAAGAAAGAAUAUAAAAGGAUAAACGCGAAGGGGGGGAUAGACCAUCACAAAGACUCAAUGAAAGGAUUGAGGAGCCAAAAAUAUUUUGGGAGGUGUAUAUCUUUUGGAUGCAAAGCUUCCCACUUCUAAAAUAACCCAUAAUAUUGUAGCGACCCCCCUCGCUUUAUCCGAUUUUCGCUCAUCGCCGUAUUCUCUUGUUCUUGGUUGGGAUUUUUCCCCAUUUACUAGCCAGGCUAACUAGCUAGCUCGUUAUACGCAGUGUCAGAGAAUUUCAUGCUGGCUACAUUUGCUAUUGAAUUCACAUAAAUAUGUAUUUCUAUUAGCAAGUUGCUAUUGUUGCUCGUGAUUCAUGAAAUAGCUAACGUUAGUCUGCUACUUGGGUUAGGCAGCGGCAAACCCUCACCAGACGAAGCGUCCACUGCAAAAUAAAACUAAAGACUAAUUGGAUCUAUCUGAUACCAAUUAGUUAGGUAUCUAGCUAUUGUGAUAAUUUGGAAACUGCGUCGUUUUGCGUGAUCGAAAGAAUCAGAUUUUCGAUAACUUGCAACAAGAAUUCAGAGUGGUUGAUAUACUAGCUACGGUUUGUGAUUUUUGCAAAGAAUUUUGAACCCCGUUUUUCAUUCAGAACAUACAUACAGAGGGCGCAAGAUCUAAAUUUGAUGGAAAUAUAAAUAACAUAAACAUCGUUUUAUUUUUAAAUACCUUGUAUUCGUGCAAUAUUGCGCAGAAGGAUACUAACUAUAUUGGUAAACAAGCGAUGCAUUUCAAUAUGCAAGUCAUUUAUUUUCGAAAAUGUGUGAGCUCUUAGCAUCAUGGUAGCUAAUACCGUUGCACAUAGACUCUGAACAUGCAUGAGAAUUCAGUUCAAGUGUCUUUCAGUGUUCUGGCAUAAUAUUUUAACAGUAUUGAACGUGUCUUAAUGAUUCUUUUCAAAGAUAAUGCAUCUUUUUUAACCCCAGUAUUUUCACGAUAAUGUAGAAACGGGUGAUUUUCCCCACACGCAUCUUUCAGUGGGACUGCGCUUAAAUUGAUAACUAGUUUGCUAAUUGACCUGUCAGUUUUAACUUGGCAUAACCCAGAUGCGUUUCUCGAUCGUUGAAAAAAACAAAACGCAAGUAUUCUGUAAUAUCUGCAUCAAUGCAACAGUCAAGACGAGCAUCUUCAAAGAUUAGCUAGCUACCUAUCAUCUUUAAAGAGCUGAACAGGAGAAGCUCACAGCUGUUGUGAUUUUUUUAAAGGUAACGUUAGCUCCAACGCAUCCUCACUAAAAUUUAUUGGAGGGUAGGAAUAGGAUUUCUGGGGGGUGAAAUGCUGUGGUAAACCUCAAGAGUAGCCAACUGCCUUUUACUAAUUUGGGAUUUUUUUUCUUUUUUCUUCCCGUGCAGCUAACCUUAGCUGGCUUCACUUGCUAGCUACAAUAAUGGGAUCAGAUUGUAUCGGCUGCAAUGGGAAUCCUGUCCAAAUCAAAGGUUUAUACGUCCUGGGGUUUCUGUUAAACAUUGUAUGAAGCAAACCCCUGGAAGUCGCCGCAGGGGUGCGUUUGGGUUGCGUUUUUUAUCGCGUUUCCCAUCGCUGCCGCUGUCCCCCAGCUCAGCUUCCACGAAUUAAACGCUCGAUUUCCCCGCCGACUAUGGCGGAAAGGACGGAUGCAUCCACGGAGGACAAGUCUUGGGACAAUUUCUCCGCCGCCGAAGAGGCUACAUGAGUUUAGUUGAAGGCCUGUUCGGUUGUCUUACUUCUCACCGACUCCACCUUCCCUCCUCCUCCUCCGUUUGCAGAAAUAUAUAAAGGAAGAAAAAAAAUCCGACAGGGGAGGGGGGUUGAUACGCCGAAGCUGAAAUCGAGAGGCGAAACCCAGGAAAGAAGAGUAUUUUACAGGACACUUAGCUACCCCCCACCCCCCCUCCCUCGUCCAAGAAAAGGAGAGGGAAAAGUCAGACUAUCGAAGAAGGGAAUUAACAAAGACCAAGAAGAAAGGGCGAAACAAGGGAAUAUAUCUGUCGUUUGUGGAUAUAUACAUAUAUAUAUAUAAAUUCCUGAAAAAUAUGGCCGAUAAUGUUCUGGACUCCGGCCCGCCUUCAGCUAAGAGGCCUAAACUCUCCUCUCCGGCACUUUCUGUCUCUGCCAGCGAUGGAAACGAUUUCGGUUCCCUUUUCGACCUGGAGCACGACCUCCCGGACGAGCUCAUCAGCUCCACGGAGCUGGGCCUCCCCAACGGCGGGGACCUCAGCCAGCUGCACACCAGCCUGGGCGGCGGGGGCCAGGACGCGGCCGCCAAGCACAAGCAGCUCUCCGAGCUCCUGCGGUCGGGCGCACCUCCGCCCUCGGGCCAACAGGGGGCGGCGGGCAGCCCAGGCGGGAGCUCCAUGGGGCUGCUGGGCAGUAUGAACGCCUCCCCCGGGCCCCAGGGCCUCGGACAGACCCAGCCCCACCCCUCCCCCCAGCAGGGCGGCAUGCUGCAGCAGCCGGGCAUGGUGGGCGUGGCCGGGAUGAACAGGGGCAUGAUGGGAGCUCAGAAGGGCAACGGACAGCAGCAGCAGGGGCCCACGCCCCAGGGGCUGAUGGGAGGCCAGGUCAUGAACGGCUCUCCCAGGAUGAGCUACUCGAACCCUGGGAUGGGGAGUAACAGUAACCUGCUGGCAGAGACGCUGCAGCAGGGGGGACAGCAGCUGGGGCCGGCAGGACAGACCGGCCUGAGAGCGCAGCAGCCUGCAGCACUCAACAAGAUGGGGAUGAUGGGUAACCCUGGCCCCUACGGCGCCCCCUAUGGGCAGUCCGCGGGACAGGGACUGGGCGGCGCCGGGCUGGGCCCGCAGCUUCAGAACAAGGCGGGCUUGCCCAACAGCAUGGCCCAGUUCAGCCUGGACAAGAAGACGCAGCCCACACCGGGCAUGGGCGGCAUGGCCCAGCAGUCCCCGGGAGUGGUUGCCGGGGCGACGGGAGCCGGCGGGGCGGGGGGUCUCAUGGCCUCCGCCCCCGGCGGGCAGGGCGGGCUGGGCUCGGUUUCGGCCGGCUCCGCCUCGGCGCCCCCUACGGCCGACCCGGAGAAGCGCAAGCUGAUCCAGCAGCAGCUGGUCCUCCUGCUCCACGCGCACAAGUGCCAGCGGCGCGAGCAGGCCAACGGGGAGGUGCGCCAGUGCAACCUGCCCCACUGCCGCACCAUGAAGAACGUCCUCAACCACAUGACCCACUGCCAGGCCGGCAAGUCCUGCCAGGUGGCCCACUGUGCCUCGUCCCGACAGAUCAUCUCGCACUGGAAGAACUGCACACGGCACGACUGUCCCGUCUGCCUGCCGCUGAAGAACGCAGGGGACAAGAGAAACCAGCAGUCUCUCUUGGGCGGGGCGGCUGUGGGUCUGGGCAGUUCCCUGGGGGCGGCCCCGGGGGGCCAGACCAGCGCGUCCAACCUGAACCCCCCCAGCCAGAUCGACCCGAGCUCCAUCGAGCGGGCCUACGCCGCCCUGGGCCUCACCUACCAGGGCACCCAGAUGGCACCGCAGCCCGCCCAGACCUCCCUUCCGGGCCAGGGGCUGCCCGUCCAGCCUGGCAUGAGGUCGCUCAACGCCAUGGGUGCAGGGAACCCCAUGGGGGUGAACGGAGGGGUGGGGUCUCAGCCCCCGAACCAGCAGACCAGCCUCCUGCAGGACGCCAUGCUUCACCCCAACCUGAACUCGCAAAGCUUGAUGAAUGACAGCGCCGGGGUGGGCAGCUUGGGCUCCCUGCCCACAGCGGCCCCACCCACCAGCUCGGGCAUGAGGAAGUCGUGGCACGAGGACAUCACCCAGGACCUGCGCAACCAUCUCGUGCACAAGCUUGUUCAGGCCAUCUUCCCCACCCCGGACCCGGCGGCGCUGAAGGACCGGCGGAUGGAGAACCUGGUGGCCUACGCCCGCAAGGUGGAGGGGGACAUGUACGAGUCAGCCAACAGCAGGGCCGAGUACUACCACCUCCUGGCGGAGAAGAUCUACAAGAUCCAGAAGGAGCUGGAGGAGAAGCGACGGACGCGGCUGCAGAAACAGGGCAUGAUGUCCACGCAGCCCGGCCUGCCCCCCUCAGCGCUGCCCCAGGGGCCCGCGGGCCUGGGCCAGCCCCCCUCGGCGCUACCGCAGGGGCCCGCCGGUUUAGGACAGCCCCCCUCGUCCCUUCCCCAGGGGCCCACCGGACUGGGCCAGCCCCCUAAUGGUCCUCACCCUGACCCCUCCCUGGUGCGGCCCACAGUGCCCAAUCAGAUGGUGAACAGAAUGCAGAACCCUGCAGGGAUGAACCAGUUCAGUCCGAUGGGAAUGCAGUCUCUGGGCCAGAGGUCCACCCCUCCUCUCCAGCUGAACUCGUCCCUCAAUCAGAUGGGAAUGGGGGCAGCGAGGAUGGGGCAGCCCAACGUGGCUCAGCUGCAGAACCAGUACCUGCCUCCGGGGCAAUUCCCCGGGUCGGGCCCGGUGGGGAUGAACCAGCCUGGUACACAAGCAGGCAUGACGCAGGCCCAGAUGCCCACCCCCCCUUCCCUGCCCGUCAGCAGCCCAGUGGCUCAACCCGGCUCGGUGGGAGGGGCAGGGGGCGGGACUUCAGUGGGCUCCAUGGGUCCCGGCAGCGUAGGCCCCGCCUCUAACCUGGCCCCGCCUUCCAACUCCUCGCAGCCCAACUCCCACCCGCACUGCCCGCCCCUCCGGCAGAACUCCCCCUCCCCCGCACGCAGCCUCACCCCCACGCCCCACCACACCCCGCCGGGGCUGGCCGGCUCUCAGACCCCCCAGCCCCACACCCCCAACCCCCCGCAGCUGGCCCCGCCCGCCCCCCAGCAGCAGCAGAUGCCUCAGCCAAUGGGGUCGGGGCCCGGCUCCGAUAAGCCCGCCCAGCUACAGCAGCAGCUGGGCGGGGCCACGGCGCCCCCCCAGGCCUCCUCCACCCCCACCCCCAGCGCCCCCCUGCCGCCCCAACUCCCGCGCACUCCGCUAUCCCAGAAGUCCUCUCUGACGGCGGACGGGCAGGCCUCCACGCCGGCGUCGGUCAGCAGUGCCGACACCAGCUCCCAGCAGCCCCCACCCGACGCCGCCGCCCCCCUCGACCCCAAGAUGGAGGUGAAGCAGCAGGACGAGGAGGAGGAGAUGGAGGGCAAGGCGUCCGGCAAAAUGGGCAUCAAACAAGCCGACGUCAAGUCCGAGGAGAAGCCGGAGGUGAAGAAGGAGGAGCCGUCGGGUGACGGAUGCAAGGCGGAGCCAAUGGAGACGUCCUCGUCGUCCUCGUCCUCGUCGUCGUCAGGGGCGACGGGCGAAGACAGGAAACCGGAGAUCAAGACGGAGCCCAAAGGGGAAGAGGAGGGGUCUGGGACGUCCGGCACACACAGCUCCCCAGCCAGCGCUCAGAGCAAGAGGAAAAUCUUUAAGCCCGAGGAGCUGCGACAGGCCCUCAUGCCCACGCUGGAGGCUCUCUACCGGCAGGACCCCGAGUCGCUGCCCUUCCGCCAGCCGGUGGACCCCCAGUUACUGGGAAUACCCGACUACUUUGACAUAGUGAAGAACCCCAUGGACCUGUCCACUAUCAAGCGCAAGCUGGACACGGGGCAGUACCAGGAGCCCUGGCAGUACGUGGACGACAUCUGGCUCAUGUUCAACAACGCCUGGCUGUACAACCGCAAGACCUCGCGCGUCUACAAGUACUGCUCCAAGCUGGCAGAGGUGUUCGAGCAGGAGAUCGACCCCGUCAUGCAGGGCCUGGGCUACUGCUGCGGCCGGAAGCUGGAGUUCUCUCCUCAGACGCUGUGCUGCUACGGAAAGCAGCUUUGCACCAUCCCCCGCGACGCUGCUUAUUUCAGCUACCAGAACAGGUACCACUUCUGUGAGAAGUGUUUCAACGAAAUCCAGGGCGAGAGCGUGUCCCUGGGAGAUGACCCCUCCCAGCCUCAGACGUCCAUCAGCAAAGACCAGUUUGAAAGGAAGAAGAACGACACACUGGACCCUGAAUUACUUGUGGAAUGUAUCGACUGCGGUCGUAAAAUGCAUCAGAUCUGUGUCCUUCACAACGACACAAUAUGGCCGUCAGGCUUUGUGUGUGACAGCUGCCUGAAGAAGUCCAAUAAGACCCGAAAAGAGAACAAGUAUGCUGCCAAAAGUAAGUGGAGGCUACCCCAGACCAAACUGGGGAGUUUCCUGGAAACGCGAGUGAACGAGUUCCUCAGGAGGCAGAACCACCCGGAAUCCGGUGACGUCACCAUCCGCGUGGUCCACGUCUCCGACAAGGUGGUGGAGGUGAAACCGGGCAUGAAGGCCAGGUUUGUGGACAGUGGAGAGAUGGCGGAGUCCUUCCCUUACCGGACGAAGGCGCUGUUUGCGUUCGAGGACAUCGACGGCGCCGACGUCUGCUUCUUCGGCAUGCACGUGCAGGAGUACGGCUCGGACUGCCCGCCGCCCAAUCAGAGGCGGGUCUACAUCUCCUACCUGGACAGUGUGCACUUCUUCCAGCCUCGCCACCUGCGCACAGGUGUCUAUCAUGAGAUCCUCAUCGGGUACUUGGAGUAUGUGAAGAGGCUCGGCUUCACGACGGGUCACAUUUGGGCCUGUCCGCCCAGCGAGGGGGACGACUACAUCUUCCACUGUCACCCCAUCGACCAGAAGAUCCCCAAACCCAAGCGCCUGCAGGAGUGGUACAAGAAGAUGCUGGACAAAGCCGUGUCUGAGCGCAUCGUGCACGACUACAAGGACAUUUUCAAACAGGCGACUGAGGACCGUCUGACUAGCGCCAAAGAGUUGCCCUACUUUGAGGGUGACUUCUGGCCCAACGUGCUGGAGGAAAGCAUCAAGGAGCUGGAGCAGGAGGAGGAGGAGAGGAAGAGGGAGGAGAACAGUACCUCCAGUGAGAGCAUCGACGCCACCAAAGGGGACAGCAAAAAUGCCAAGAAGAAGAACAGCAAGAAGACGAGCAAGAACAAGAGCAGCCUGAGCCGAGCCAACAAGAAGAAGCCAGGGAUGCCCAACGUCUCCAACGACCUCUCCCAGAAACUCUACGCCACCAUGGAGAAGCACAAGGAGGUGUUCUUUGUCAUUCGCCUGAUCGCCGGCCCGACCGCCAACUCCCUCCCGCCCAUCGUGGACCCGGACCCCCUGAUGGCCUGCGACCUGAUGGACGGGCGGGACGCCUUCCUGACGCUGGCGCGGGACAAGCACCUGGAGUUCUCCUCCCUGCGGCGCGCCAAGUGGAGCUCCAUGUGCAUGCUGGUGGAGCUGCACAACCAGAGCCAGGACCGCUUCGUCUACACCUGCAACGAGUGCAAGCACCACGUGGAGACGCGCUUCCACUGCACCGUCUGCGAGGACUAUGACCUCUGCAUCACCUGCUACAACACUAAGCGCCAUGAACACAAGAUGGAGAAGCUGGGCCUGGGCCUGGACGACGAGAGCAACAGCCAGGCAGCUGCAGCCACUCAGAGCCCUGGGGACUCGCGCCGCCUCAGCAUCCAGCGCUGCAUCCAGUCCCUGGUGCACGCCUGCCAGUGCCGCAACGCCAACUGCUCCUUGCCAUCCUGCCAGAAGAUGAAGCGGGUGGUGCAGCACACCAAGGGCUGCAAGCGCAAGACCAACGGCGGCUGCCCCAUCUGCAAGCAGCUGAUCGCCCUCUGCUGCUACCACGCCAAGCACUGCCAGGAGAACAAGUGCCCCGUGCCCUUCUGCCUCAACAUCAAGCACAAGCUGCGGCAGCAGCAGCUGCAGCACCGGCUGCAACAAGCGCAGAUGCUGCGCAGGCGCAUGGCCAGCAUGCAGCGGCCCGCCGUGGCAGCGGGGGGAGGGGGAGGUGGCGGGGGGCUGCCGUCGCCAGGCAACAACGGCACCACCGCCCCCAGCACACCCACGUCGGGCGGCACCCAGCCCCCCACGCCCCAGACACCCACCCAGGCCAGCAUGCCCCCCAUGCCCCAGCCUGGGGUGGGGGGUGUGGGCGUCCCGCAACAGCAGCAGCAGCAGCAGCAGCAGCAACAGCAGCAGCAGCAGCAGCAACAGCAGCCGGCGCAGCUCCAGCAGCAAGUCCCGCAGCAGGGCGGGGUGCCUCAGCACCACCUGCACCACCACCUCCAGCAGAUUCCUGGAGGUGGCCUGAUGAGCUCCCCGCAGCAGCAGCAGCCCAUGAUGCCCCAGGUCCAGGGCCAGCUGUCCACUGCCCAGCAACUCCAGCACGCCAACAGCCUUCCCCCGUAUGCGCCCCGCCACCCCGCCUCCUCCCCGCACUCCCAGUCCCAGGGCAAGCCGGGUCUCGGCCCGGCCACACCUCCCCAGCAGCAGCCUGCCCCCAGCCAGCCCCCCAUGGCCCAGCAGCCCCCGCAGCAGCAGCAGCAGCAGCAGCAGCAGCCCCCGUCGGGCCCUCCCCAGGCCGCGGUAGAGAUCGCCAUGAAGAUCCAGCGGGUGGCGGAAACCCAGAGGAAGAUGGCCCAGGUGCAGAUCCUGCAGCGGCAGGCGGCCGGCAUGAUGCCCCAGCACCCUCAGCACCCGCACCACCCGCCCACACAGCCCCAGGCCCAGAUGGGCAUGGGUCACCCUGGGGGAGGGAUGGUGGGGGGCCCUGGAAUGACCCCCCAGGCCCAGGCCCAGGCUCAGGCUCAGGCUCAGGCCCAGGCCCAGGCCCAGGCCCAGGCACAAGCAGCCGCUCGGGCCCACAUAGAGCAGCAGCAGCAGCAGCAGCAGCAGCCACCACAAGCUCCCCCGCAGAAUCAGGUGCAGCUGCAGCAGCAGGGCGGCCCCCAGCUUCAGCCCCCGCCCCCCCAGCAGGGCCAGCAGCAGCAGUGGGGCAGCCCGGCGAUGGCAGGCCAGCAGAGGCCCCCCAUGAUGGGGCAGAUGAGCCACCCGGGGAUGGUGGGCGGCCAGCCGCAGGUGCCCCAGGCCCAGCAGCAGCCUCCGCCCCAGGCCGGGCGGGUAGGGAUGAUGGCGCCGGUGCCAGGGGUCGGCGGGGUCCCGGGCGGUGGGCCUAACCUGCCCCAGGCCGCCCUGCAGGAGCUCCUCCGCACCCUGCGCUCCCCCAGCUCCCCGCAGCAGCAGCAGCAGGUGCUCAACAUCCUGCGCUCCAGCCCGCAGCUCAUGGCCGCCUUCAUCAAGCAGCGCGCCUCCAAGUACAAGGGUGGGGCAGGGGCCCCCGGGGGACCCGGUGGACCUGGUGGGGUCCCAGGGCCCAUGGGCGGUGGGGGCCAGCCCGUCAACGUGAACGCCGGGCCUGGUGGUCCAGGCUUGCACCUGGGUCAGGGAGUGGGCAUGCCUGUGAUGACCCAGCUCCAGCAACAGCAGCAGCAACAGCAAAUGCAACAGCGCCCCCUGCUGGGUGGAGGAUUGCAGCCGCAACAGGUCGCGGCCCUCCAGCAGCAGCAACAGCAGCAGCCGCAGCAGGGAGGCAUGCAGUCGCAGGCCCCCACAAUGGCCAGCAUGACCCCGCAGUUCAGAGAGCUGUUAAUGAGGCGCCACCUGCAGCAGCAACAGCAGCAGCAGCAGCAACAACAACAACAACAACAACAACAGCAGCAACAACAGCAGCAGCAGCAACAACAGAUGAGCAACCACGCCCAGUUCCAGCAGCCGCAGCCCCCUCAGCAGCAGCAGGCCUACCUGGGCCAGCCCCAGCCCGGGGGCCCGCAGCAGGGGAACCAGCCGGGGCCGCCCCAGGGCUACCCAGGCGGCGUGUCCCAGCAGCAGGUGGCCGCUGCCCUGCAGCAGAGAAUCCAGCAGCAUCAGCACCACCUCCAGAUGCAGCAGCAGCAGCAGCAGCAGCAGCAGCAGCAGCAGCAGCAGAACGCCAUGGCGGGGCUGCAGGGGCCUGACGGCGGGGCUGGGGGCCCCGGCGGAGUGCCUCCCCCCCAGCAGCAGCAGCAGCAGCAGCAGACGGGCCCCCAGCCCACCACGUCCCAGGCCAUGCUCCAGCAGGCGCUGCACCAGAGGAUCCUGCAGCAGCAGCAGCAGCACCUGUCCGGGGGCUCGCCGGCCGGCCACGGCGGCAGCCCCAUGAGCCCCCAGCAGCAGCAGCAGCAGCAGAUGUCCCAGUCGCCCCACCUGCAGGGCGGCCAGCCGCUGGCGUCCUCGCUGAGCAGCCAGGUGCGCUCGCCCCAGCCCUCGCCGCGGCCCCAGUCCCAGCCGCCGCACUCCAGCCCCUCGCCCCGCAUGCAGCCCCAGCCCUCUCCCCACCACAUCUCCCCGCAGACCCAGACCGGCUCCCCGCACCCCGGGCACCUGCCGCCGCCCCACCACCCCGGCAUGGCGGUGCCGCAGCCCCCGCAGAACCCCCAGCAGAACCCUAACCCCAUGGACCCGGGCCCGUUCGGCGGCGACCAGAGCGCCAUGCUGUCCCAGCUCGGCGGCAUGGGGGGUCUGCACGCCCCGGGGCCGGCGGACAUGCUGUCGGGCAACGGGCAGGACCUAGCCGCGAACAUUAAUCACAGUACCUUAGACAUCAUGUAGCAUCGCAGUGCGUUCAGACUUGCCCGGGCGCCGGGGGGACAGUGUUAGGAUUUUUUUAUUUUUUAUUAUUAUUAUUAUUAUUAUUAUUAUUAAUAUUAUUUAAUAAUUUUUUUUUUUUUUCAAUAUAAAUGAAAUGAACUGAACUUCCUAUGGGAGAUGCUACAAUAAAUCAACAAGUCAGUGAAUGAAUUAAAUAAAUGAAUGGUAAGUUAUUGCUGUUAAUAUAUUUUUUUUGCUAAUUGUGUACAAAAGGGGAUAGUUUGUCUUUCUCCUUCAGAGAAUGAGACACAGGUAAUAUUUUUGGGGUUGGGGGAAGUAUUUGCCUUUUUUAAGAGAUAUUUUUAAGAUUUUAAAGUGGUGGAAAAAUUAAAGAGCAAAAUGAUUUAAUGCAAUGGACUUUUUUAUUGUAAUUCUUUCCUCCUUAAGCCAGUCUCUUGUAUCUUUUUUAAUUUUAUUUUAUUUUGCAGUGUGAUGUGGAUUUGUUAUUUUUUUAAUCCAAACAUCACAGCAUAUCUUCCUUUAAAGUUUGGGUUUGCUGUUAUUUUAUUUUUUUUGACAGUUUGUUGGUAUAUGUACUUUGAGACUGCUACAAUUCACAAAGAAUAUAUUUUUGUUAAUGACUGUUGGAAUGGGGGGGGGGGUUGGGCAGGGUUAGUUUGAUUUUACAUUUCUAAUGCUGGCUGUGGGAGUAUCAAAUAAACUUUAAGAUAUAGUGUUGGAGGGAAUGUUGAUGCAGGUUUCUGUGGCUGAUGAAAUUUUGUUCAUUUUUGUGCCACUUUGGAAAUGGCAAGCCAUUGGGCAGAGGCGACUCCCCCCUCCCCCGCCCCCUUCCCCACAAACACGCACACACAUGCACACCCCCUCAGAGUUUGAGUGUGCAUGUGUGUGUGAAUGUGUGCACUCCAUGUAUUUGACACUUAUUUAUUGGUUGGGGGGGGGCGGGGGCGGGGGAGGGUCAACGUAGCCUUGUGCUGUGAGAUUGUGCUAAUUUGUGAGAUUGUGGAGUUGGCUUCAUUAAGGCAUGCCAGCAAUACUGUGGAAUGGGAAAUGGAAUGUUCAGGAACGCAGGGGUGGGGGUAAUCUCCUGCAGUGGACCGUAUUGAAGAGAACUGAAAAUUGGGCGGGGGGGCGGGGGGGGGGGGGUAAAAUGGAGGACAAGGUUGCACCAAUCCCUCCCCCCUCCCUCCCCCAACACUCUUGCUGCUCCCUCUGGACUCAGACCCAGCACAGAACCCUAAACAAGCUGACCCCCCCACCCCCACCCCCCCCACAUCCUUCUCUGAUGAACCAGUCCCCCCCCCCCCCCUCUACAUGC